CUACCUUCUGCUCGUGUUGCUUUCUAUUGCUCUGACGGAUUCCAUACCUGGGCACCCGACCCCGCGUCCAGCCGCCAAGCCCAGCCCACCUUUGCGUGAGCCUCUCUUUCUCUUCCAGGUUGAAGGAAGGAAGCGUCUCGUACCGCACAUGGUCGCUUUCCUCGUCGCCCUCCUCUGCAUGCCUAGCCCGCCCGCCUGCCUGCCUGCUUGCUUCAUCCACGGCUCAUCGUCACCGUUUCCGACUUCCGAAUCUCACCUUCUUCGUCACUUUCAACUCAUCGUCUUCACUGCAGCACUUUGCACCCUUGUUUUCGUCUUCUUCAAUACACCGUCAGCAAGCAACGCAGGCUUACCGUCCCGCGCCUGAGCUACAUCAAAGUCUCAUCUACGCUAGACAGCUUCUCUUUCUCACCAAGGCAGAGUAAGCGAGCGAAGGGCUGAGAAGGUACCUAUCCGUAAGUAUUCAUUCGUCUGUAUCGGUACAUCUUGUUGCUUUCCCGGGUGCCUCACAAUUGGAAGUUCUCCUGCUCCUGUUGCUUGUCGUCCUCUUGGCCAAAAGAAAUAGAGAGAAAGGCUCCCAUCUUAAUCCACCAACCCAAUUCACAAUCCCAGUCGUUCAUCUUACCUUACUUUGCCUUAUUGAAUCCUCUCACAUCUGCUCGCAUUCACUCAUACGCUGUCUUUCCUCAACUGGUUCCGCACUCUCCCACACACACACACACACACUCUCUCUCUCUCUCUCUCUCUCUCUCUCUCUCUCUCUCAAUUCCCUUCGCUUUCUUUCUCUCUGCCCAUUGCUGUGUGCCAUCUGCUAUACUACCUUACAUUACGAAUACCUAUCUUACCGUUGCUGCUGCUGCUCCUUCUGUUGCACCGCUCUGUACGGAGUACUGCACACCUCAACCCGCAUCAUCCCAGAAACGGCGGAUUCAUUCAAGCGCCCACGGUCCACGGUCCACGAAGGACGGCCCACGCUGCACGCUCCACCCCCUCCACCCCCCCAUUCCCAGCAAGCACCGCAUUCUAUUUUCUCACUCCUUCCCACUUCUUUUUUUUCUCCCCCUUCGCCUUCCCGCCUUUCGUCUUCGUUCUCGUCCUGUCAAGCUCCGAACCCCGUUGCAGCAAGCAGCAGCAGCAGACCCAGCAGCUGUAUGUGUGAGAAAAAAGAGAAAGAGUCCUAGGAUCUCUGGUCCCUUCCCCAGACCUGCAGAAAAAGGUUCUUAGCCAAGUCCUAAAAAAGGAUUCUUGACUUUUUCUCUGCUGACCUAAGGACCGUGACUUGACCUGCGUCUGACUUGAAAGUUGACCGGGACGGACCAUCACUGCCUACCACCAAAAAAAUCACCACCCACCCCCUCCCCCUCCUCUUCACUCCCCCCAACCCCGACACCCCCAGCCCAAAAGUCCAAGCCCAAGCCCAGCAGCCGCAGCAACAAGUCCUAAAAGUCUAAGCCCAGGCCAUCCAAUCCAUCAUCCCGCCGAUUAUUACUCGAGUACGACCAAGAGCACCACCACCACCACCACCACCGCUCCUCUCUGCUGCUCUGCUCUGCUCUACUCUGCUGCACCGCACCACACACCCGCACCCGCACGGCUGCCGACGCCCUGCAACCCAAAUCGAUAUACCCUCUGCUGGUCCUGCCCACCUUGGGCCCUCGCUUUUCUCCCUCUUCUCCUCCCCGACUCAGUAAUCCCAUAUGAGCUUUUCCAACUCCCGCCUGAAAGGCUUUGGUUUCGGCAAACGCAAGUCAACUGCUAGUAUCCAGACACCCGAUCCGAACCAAACCCCAAGCCCGACCCCUCCUCCUCAGGGUGGUCACCCCUCCGGUGCCCCUCAAAUACCGCAACAGAUUCCCGUCCGCCCAGGCUCCAUUGCCUCGACCUCUUCCGCUUCAAUCGCUCCCAUGAAUCAACACCCAGGCGCCGGUAACCGGCCUCCGAGCUACUCGGCCAACUUUCCUCAAGGCGGUCCUCCUCCCAUGGGUCGCACCAGCCCCAUGACGGGUCAAGGUCCGGCUCGCACCCCGCCUUCCCAGAUGGUUGGCGGUCCUCCUCCCAUCAACACUGGUGCUCCCGUCGCCGGUUACCCCCCUCAGCUUCCUCCCAUCGGCGGCCAGGGACAUCCCAUGGGCGGUCCUCCUCAGUACGGCGGCGGCGGCGGCGGUGGCUAUCCUCCCCCGGGUCCUCCUCAAGGUGGGCCCAUGGCACAGUACCAGCGAGGCGGCAGCGCGGCCGAGGUAGAAGGCAACAGCAGGAGUAAGGCUCAGCUGAUUGUCGGUAUCGAUUUCGGUACAACUUUCUCCGGUGUGGCGUUUGCUUUUGCGACAAACAACGAAGCCAAGGAAGACAUUAUAACAGAAUGGCCUGGCGCUGGUUCGUACACGAAGCAAAAGAUCCCCACGGUUCUCUACUACGAUCAGUACCAGAAGGUUGUUGGCUGGGGUCCCGACAUCGCCGACGCCCUCGCCCCUACUGGAUACCCGAAGCCCGGCGUGCAAAAGGUCGAGUGGUUCAAGCUGCAGCUCAUGCUGUCCGGCAAUACAUAUAUCGACCCCAUCAACCUGCCUCCUCUGCCUCCUGGAAAGUCCGAAAUCGAUGUUGCGGCCGACUAUCUUUUCAAGCUCCGCCAGGCUAUGCGCUCGGCUCUGCAAAAGACCCUCGGUGAAGUAUUCAACCGUGAGGAGCGGAACAUUCGUUACUAUCUCACCGUCCCCGCCAUUUGGAACGAUGCAGGAAAGGCCGCUACCAGAGCCGCCGCUAUCCAGGCCGGUUUCCUGAGAGACGAAAACGACAACCGGCUGACGCUAGUUUCCGAGCCCGAAGCUGCUGCUAUUUUCUGUUCCAAGACGGGACUCUUGAACCUCAAGGUCCACGACGCCGUGCUGAUUGUCGAUUGCGGUGGUGGUACUGUCGAUUUGAUCGCGUACGAGGUCGAGGAGGAGAACCCCUUCACCGUUGCCGAGUGCACGGCAGGAUCUGGUGAUUCUUGCGGUUCAACAGCGCUGAACCGCAACUUCAGCAACAUCCUCCGCACCAAGAUUCGCAAGAUGAAGCUGCCCGACGGAUCCAAGACGGCCGGCCGCGUAUACGCCAAGUGCAUCAUGGACUUUGAGAACCGUAUCAAGGCAGACUUCCGCAACAACGGCCAGAAGUGGGCCGUCGACGUUGGUAUCGAGGCUGAGUUCCCCGAGGCCGGCAUCGAGGAGGGCUACAUGACGUUCACCAACGAGGAGAUUCUGCAGUGCUUCGAGCCCGUUGUUAACCGCAUUCUCGAGCUCGUCAGAAACCAGAUCAUUGCCAUCCAGGCCCAGAACCGGACACUGCAAAACAUUCUCGUUGUUGGUGGAUUCGGUGCCUCCGAGUACCUCUUCCAGCAGAUCAAGCUCCACGUUCCUCCCCAGUUCCAGUCCAAGGUUGUCCGUCCCAUGGACUCCGUGGCCGCUAUCGUCAAGGGUGCUGUUACUGCCGGCAUCACCGAGCGCGUCGUCACACACCGUGUUGCCCGUCGUCACUACCUCAUGGCCACCUUGCAGCCCUUUAAGGAAGGAUACCAUCCCGAGGCCUACCGUGUGCCAUCCCUCGAUGGCAAGGACCGCUGCAAGUUCACCCGUCAAAUCUUUGUGCAAAAGGGUCAAAAGGUCAAGAUUGGCGAGCCUGUCAAGGUCUCCUUCUUCCGUCAAGUUGCACCAGGUGCGACGCUCAUGUACGAGGACAUUCUGUACGCCUGCGACGAUGAUGUUUGCCCCGAGUAUACCAAGGAUCCUCGCAUCAAGGAAGUUGUCACCCUGACUUCGGACCUGUCGCGAAAGAACCUAGAGAAGGACUUUGAGAGAAUGGACACACCACAGGGCACAUUCUACCGUGUCUACUUUGACAUUUACCUGACGCUCGACGGAUCCGAGUUCAGCGCAGAGCUGGUCUGCCAAGGCGAGGUCAUGGGCCGCUGCAGAGCGCGCUUCAGGUAAAGACGGUGGUCGAAGAAAGAGGAGAGGCAGAGGGAGAGAGAGAGAGAGAGCGAGAGAUUGAUAAUGUUUGCUUGCUUGCAUUGGGCAUUUCGUUUCCAUACACUCGGAUGAUACCUCGAAAAGGUGAUGGGGGCCAGAAGGACAGCCCCGAGGCUAAUAAUGGCCGAGAGUACAUAUCACGAAGAGACCUCCCAGAACAGAUGACUGGAAGACGAGGAUUGGAUUUUGGAGGUUUUUAUGACGCGGAAGGAUUAUGGCCUAUUGUCAAGUGUUGUAGACGCACGACACUCCCCGCUUGGGAGAAAUCAAGAUUUUUUUUUUCAAAAGACUACUGUUUCCUGACGGGGUCGCAGAGAGAUCCACCCAAGCAUGGGGGAUGGUCGUAUGCAAGCCUGAUGAAGCCAUCACCCUUCAUCCCAACUGCCCAGAACCUGAGGUUCACACUCACACACCGUUAGACCUGAGCUGGUUUAGUCUCUUUGGAUUUUCGCAGGCCCUCCGAUGGGAGGGGAAUCUGAGCUUUUGCAUAUUUGACUGCAAUUGCGGAAUACAUGGGAAUUUGCUAUAAGUACGUAUACAUCCAGCCGGCUCUUAAGCAAAUCUUGUUUGGCUCGACCAGAACAAGACUUGCCAAGAAUUGUGUUUUGCGAGCUGGGAGCGCUACGUGGAGUGGAGGAUCAUGGAUGCCG